AAGACGGUGGCCGAGAGGGUUCCGGGAGGCGGACGGUGGCCGAGAAGGUCCGGCAUGGAGCACCUGGAGCGCUGCGCGUGGUUUCUCCGCGGGACGCUGGUGAGGGCGGCGGUGCGGCGCUACCUGCCCUGGGCGCUGGUGGCCGCCAUGCUGGCGGGCUCGGCCCUCAAGGAGCUGUCCCCGCUGCCCGAGUGCUACCUCAGCAACAAGCGCAACGUCCUCAACGUGUAUUUUGUUAAAGUGGCCUGGGCCUGGACAGUCUGUCUCCUCCUGCCUUUCAUUGCCCUCACCAACUACCACCUGACGGGCAAGGCCGGCCUGGUCCUGCGGCGGUUGAGCACGCUGCUCGUUGGCACAGCCAUCUGGUAUGUCUGCACAGCCCUCUUCUCCAACAUUGAACACUACACAGGCAGCUGCUACCAGUCCCCAGCCCUGGAGGGCAUCAGACAGGAGCAUCGGAGCAAGCAGCAGUGCCACCGGGAAGGGGGCUUCUGGCACGGCUUUGACAUCUCAGGCCACUCCUUCCUACUGACCUUCUGUGCACUCAUGAUCGUGGAGGAGAUGGCCGUUUUGGACGAGGUAAAGACGGAUCGCAGCCACCGCCUCCAUACUGCCAUCACCACCCUGGUUGUCGCCCUGGGCUUUCUGACCUUCAUCUGGGUAUGGAUGUUUUUGUGCACAGCCGUUUAUUUCCACGACCUGAUCCAGAAGGUGUUUGGCACCUUUUUUGGUUUGCUGGGCUGGUACGGGACAUACGGGUACUGGUACCUGAAGUCCUUCUCUCCCGGGCUUCCUCCCCAGAGCUCUAGUUUGACUUUGAAGCGAGAAACUUACAAGAAAUAAAAGAGAAACAAGUGGGGACAGGAGGACAAUGGCUGAUAGAUUUUCCACCUACUUUGUCCGGUGACUGGCUGAACUAUUGGUCCCACUUCAGAGACCAUGCUUACUAGGCACUUUUGUGGUGGGGUGGAGUCUGGGAAACGUUCAGGCCUCAGACUCUGCUGGUGAUGCCAUCCAUGCUGGCCUCACCACCAUUCCUGCCCAAUACUUCUCAUCUCUGGCAAGAUGUGACCUUGAUCUGUUCGCUGAGGGAGAGCUAAGGCUCAGCAGAGGGACGGCAGACAGCCUCAUGAUGUGGGUCAAGGGGAACCAGAGCUGCAGGACUCCCUCUGCUGUGGUCUCCCUGGCUCUGGUCCUUUUAACAGUGUUUCCCCACGGCCGAUCCUAAGAUGAGCAUUUAUCUCUGGCAGGUUCUUUAUUAAACACCCCGAUGCCUAAAACACACUCUCUGGCUAUAGUAAUCCACCUCCUCUUUGGAGUAUUGACAUUUGCACCUGGCUAUGCCCAGUUCCCAGCGGGGGCCACAGCCCUGCAGUGCCUGGAUGAUUUUUAUGUAGUGAACAGUGGUAAGAUCUUCCCGUCUGCACUAUUGUUACGUGUUGGUUUUUGUUUUUUUGCUUUUUUUUUUUUUUUUUUUGAGACAGGGUUUCUCUGUGGUUUUGGAGCCUGUCCUGGAACUAGCUCUUGUAGACCAGGUUGGUCUCGAACUCACAGAGAUCCGCCUGCCUCUGCCUCCCAAGUGCUGGGAUUAAAGGCGUGCGCCACCACCGCCCGGCUACGUGUUGGUUUUUGGAGCAGAAACCGAGAACCACAUUUUCCCCCUCUUCCCCCCUGCAUGAGGGCUUAUGGUUUAAUCGUCACCGUGGCAUUUGUUCUUUGUUGACAAAGCUUCAGUACUGCACUUUGGCGUGUGAAAAUUGUUCUGAGGGUUUUUUGUUGUUGUUUUGUUUUUUAGAACACUAACUUAACUUUUUAUAAACAAAACUCUUGGCAUAUUGUAUUAAAUCCCACCUCAUAGGGUUGUUCCCUCUGUUAAGAAUAAAACUGGAACCAGGGGGCAUGGUGCUGCACACCUUUAAUCCCAGCACUAGGGAGGCAGAGGCAGGCAGAUCUCUGUGAGUUUGAGGCCAGCCGGGUUGGUCUAUAUAGUGAGGUCCAGACCAGCCAGGGCUGUAGAGUUCGAGAUCCUGUCUCAAAAAUAAAAUAAAAUAAAAAUAAAACAAACAACAAGAGUCAAACUGGAAAGCAGGCAUUUCUUUAUUUAAUGGAUUUUGAGCUGAGAGAGUAAUUCUGUGAAGUGCUUAUUGGUACUGAGGCCUUCCUGCCCACCUACCAUUGGUAGAGACGGGAUAAGGUUCAGGGUCAUAGGAUCGUAGGACAAGUGGCACAGGCAAGGAAUUUUUACCUUUGGAGAAGAUUAUGAUAAUUCAGAAGCACCCAUAUUACGUACCACCACCAUGCAAAGUUAUCCAUAUUACACAGUGGCAUGACUUUGGCCCCGCCUCCUUUUCCUUGUCCCAUCAACAGAACCACCCUAAAAGGAGGACAUUCAAUAGCGGUGACAUUCUCUCUGCAGCUCUUCCUGGUUUUCAGCCAUGUCGUUAUGUGGCCUUCACUGAGAUUGCUAGGGUUAGAAGUCUCGUCAUGCAUGUCCCACACGGCGAGCUUCUAGUCUCCGAUAAGAGGACCCCUGUCCUCUCCCAGGUGAUCUCUUAAGCCUGUCACACUGAGUGCUGGUCUUUUGGAUGAUCACCCUUGUAGCUGCUUUGACGCCUCUUACCCAGCAGAGCUGGGUAACGGCGCUGCCUAAUAAGCUUUGGCCUGCCUGUCCUGACUCGGGCUGUUAGAUGCUUAGUUAAGAGUAAUUUCUUUCUUACUUUUAAUUUAAUUUUUUAAAAUUUAAUUUAAUUUUGUUUUUUUUUUUUUUUUUUUUUUUUUUUUUGAGUCAGGGUCUCAUUAUGCAGCCCCAACUUUCCUGAAACUCACUACGUGGACCAGGCUGUUCUUCGACUCACAGAGAUCUGCCUGCCUCUGCCUCCUUAGUGCUGAGAUUAAAAAUACACUAAUAUUAAAGCCACCACACCUGGCUACUAAGUAAUUUUUUUUAAUAUAAGGAUAUAUUUGUAAUAUGUAUUUCGUAACCUGUCGUCAACUUGCCCAAUGAUGAUUUAUGAUGUGAGGUGGUGUUACCAAAGGGGAAGGAAGGCGGGCAAUGAGUGUCACCACAGGGCAGUGAGGGUCACCGCGGGGCAGUGAGGGUCACCGCAGGGCAGUGAGGGUCACCGCGGGGCAGUGAGGUGUCAGUGAGGGGCUGUGGUGAGUUGGUAGGGACUGAAAACAUGUUUCACCUUCUAGGAGUUUCCACCCAUCCCCAGGGUGAGAAUGGGCCUGGGGAAGAUGGUAAAGCUGGUCCAGGCAAAGUCCCUCAGGCGUCAUGUGACAACAGAAAGGAGCAGCCAUUGUGCACCCAGAAGUUCAUUGUCACAUCAAGGCCCCAGACAGUUUACUCACGGGGUCUGACCAGGUUUAACCUUAAACUGACUACGUGUGGGAACUCUUAGGUGCACAGCGUUCUCUACAUAUUAAUGGAUUAUAUUACAUGUGCAUAUUCGUGGUAUUCUUCCCUUUCCUCUCUCAAUGCCAGGGCUGGGAACCCAGGGUUUUGUGCAUGCUGGGCAAGCCCUCUACCCCUGAGCUACACCCCGAGUUCCUUGGAACCCUUACCUUCUCAGGAGCAUGCCUUCCCUCCUGUGCAAGGAAGCUGGCGUGGGUGAGUGGACUGGGGCAGCCGUGAGAUGUGGGUUUGAGUCUCGGCAUCACUCCCAACCCACCUGACCAGCGUGCGAGCCUUGCUGCCCUUGCCCGUAAAGUGGAGGCGAUUCUUUCAGCACGAAAGGAGGUGACCGGUAAGAUGCUGAGGAUGAGGGCUAAUCAGGCUGUUACCUCCAAGUCUUUUUCUUGACAGCGUUUAGAAUGGUCUGGCUCCUCUAGAGAAAGCAGAGAAACUAACAUCUUUUAGGGAACACUCAGAGCUUGGGUCUCCUACUGAAAAUCUCAUAUCAUCUUUCAAAGUGUCUUUUGUCCCAAGGUGUUGAACAUGAGUCUUUGGGGCAUCUGACCAGAGUCGUGCCAUGCUGUGUUUGCUUCCCCGGGUGGAGGUUUGCUCACUCGCUUCCAUUUGCAUCUGUCAUUGUCUGGGUACCAGACUGUGUUUAGGAAUGGCUCAUGCCACUGUUAUGUACACACAGAGCCCAUGUGUAAACAAGCAAAUUAAAGUAUACCAGAGAUGAUGGAA